UAAUGAAACCUGCAGGGACUAUUAACUGCUCCGAACCGACUACAGAUGCUCUUUUAACAGCCCUGAAGAAGAACAUCUUUGGCAAAACUGAAGUGAGGCCAGUUAUUUACCCGAAAACUCCCACAAACAUCAGCCUGAGCUUCGUUCUGUAUGGAAUUUUAGAUGUGGAUGAAAAAGCUCAAUUAUUUGACUCGUACAUUUGGGUGUUUUUGAUUUGGAAUAUUGAAGGUUUGAGCUGGGAUCCUGAUGAAUGUGGAACAGACAGAAUCUCACUGCCAAGAAAACAACUGUGGAGGCCUGAUAUUGUCAUCAAUGAAUUCAUGGAUGAAAACAAAGUCCCAGACACAUAUUACCUCUAUGUCCAAAAUACUGGUAUGGUAAUGGAUGAUCUUCCAAUUCAUGUCAUCAGUUCCUGCAACAUGGACAUCUACACCUUUCCAUUCGAUAUUCAGAACUGCACAUUUACUUUUAAUUCAUACAAGCUCUUUGCGGUGGAUGUUCAAUUGUCUUUUGUUGAACCAGUGGAGGAAACACUUAAAAGUUCCCUAGAUGCAAUGCAAACUAAAGGAGAGUGGGAGCUAGUCACCAUAUUAGCUGAAAAACCUGCAUUACUUCCUGAAGAGCUAAACAAUUCUUAUGAUACACUCAUUUACUAUAUCGUUCUCAGGCGUCGACCCACCAUGUACGUGGUGAACCUCCUGAUUCCCAGCUGUUUCCUCAUUGCUGUAGAUCUAUUCAGCUUUCUUCUACCAACUCAGAAUGUGGAUCGAUCUUCCUUCAAAAUGACCCUCAUCUUGGGUUACACUGUGUUCCUGCUGCUAAUGAACGACCUGCUGCCCGUCACAGGAAACAGCUUACCUCUCAUAAAUGUGUUUUUCUCUCUCUGCUUGGCACUGAUGGUGGCCAGUCUUCUGGAGACAAUUCUUAUCAUAAAUAUUCAGUGUGGCUCCAGUAACUAUGGACCGUUACCUCGAUGGGCCAAGGUGCUUUUCCUCAACUACCUUGCUAAACUUGUUUUUUUAAGCAAGAAACCCAGUGACCAAAACUGUGGGCCUGAAGAGCACAGAACUGAGACCAAACACUGUGAUCCUGUAGUUGACACCCCUCUGAGCGAAGCGAUCCAUAACACAACUCCUACUCUUCAGGAACUGAGGAAGAUAAGCCACGAGUUACUAUCCAUCCGUCAGCAAGUCGAUAAACAUUUUAAAACUGAUGAGAACGUAGAUGAGUGGGUACAUUUGGGUGAAGUCAUUGACCGCUUUCUUUUUGGGAUGUAUAUUAUCUUUCUCUCAGUGAGUUUCAUCACCAUUUUUGCAAUUUGGCUGUCCUGGUAUGGCGAAAAUACAUCAGUGGUAUAACUGAACUGCAUGAAAAUUAGUGCUGUUAAGUGUAUAUGAUUACUGAACCUGUAAAAUUGUUGCCAUUUAUUAAAUUAAAUGGUCUGUAAUGAAGUUUUUCUGCCAAUGUCAGGUUUUGUUUUUAUUGAUUUUUGUAA